UUGUAAUCCAAGUUGCAUUGGAGCGAAAAGAAAAAUAGUAGUAGAUACUAGAUCUGUAUUUUUGUUGGGCUUGAGACCGUCUCUCCUUCCCCACCUGGAUACACAAGUCAACCAUUAAAUUAAGGAAAAUAUGCGUACCAAACCUGGAUUCUUCGAUUGUUUAACUAAUGAGUAGACUUCCUUCCCCCACUUGCUGAUUGCUAUACAUUAACGUCGUUCUUUGGUUGUCUGCUCCGUUUCCUCGCAAUCUCCUUUGUAGAUGUCCUUGUGCGGAUCAUUCUUGAUUUCUCCCGUUCUUGCGAUCAAGGAUCUUCGGACGAUCAAUUCAAUGGGCGAAUUGGAUCGCUCUUAAAUAGCGAGCUUGCCGGUCGAAACUGUUUCGUUUCGAGUAUAUUCUCUAAUCAGAUUGAGGAAGAAGAUGGGUUGGCUAUGCUGUUCGGGAGGGCUUGCCCUGGGAUCCUUGUCGUCUUCGAAUCAAGAAAACUUUGCUUGCCAUGACGAGGAGAAGAAGCAGCAGCCACCCAAGAUACAAUCUGCUGGGAUGGGAAAUAAGCGGAGCAGGAAGACGGCGCCGGAGAUUGCGGGUGAGGGCGGGAAGGAUGGUAGACCACCGCCGUCGGCCGCCAAGGAGACUGCAUUGUCUGACAAGGGCAAAUCUAAGGCAUCAGAAAAAGACCUAUCUUCCAACGAAAUCUAUAAAUCAGAAUCAACUAAGUAUCCAGAGACUUCAAAUACCCCCAAAACAGCAUUUUCCCGCAUCAGGUCCUGUAUUGCUGCCAAAGAAACUAGGACAGUAGAGAUCCUGGCCUUUGAGGUUGCCAACACAAUUGCAAAGGGCUCCAAUCUGAUGAAAUUCCUCUCUGAACAAAGCUUGAGGCAUCUGAAAUCUGCGGUGCUUCAGUCCCAAGGAGUCCAGUGCUUGGUUUCAGAUGAUUGUGGCAAGCUGCUUGCUCUUGUCGGAGCCGACAAAAGGGAGGACUUUCAGGAGUUUGCUGCAGAUGUUGCUCGGUUCGGAAACCUAUGCAGAGAUCCCAAAUGGCACAACUUGGGUCAGCAUUUCUCGAGGUUGGACUUUGAACAAACACAUCAGAAAUACACGAAAGAAUCAGCAGAAUCUAGUAUGCAGUAUAUGAUGGCACUUGCAGAGAAGACUGUGCAACUGUACCACGGGAUGCGUCGAUUUGACAUCUCUGAGGAGAUGUACAAGAAAAGCUAUCAAGAGUGCAGGGAAGGAAAGGAUGACAAAUUCAGUUCAAUUCAGUCUCUUUUGAAUGCGGUGGAGAUGGAAAAAAAAUUCAUCAAGGAUUUGAAGAAGAAAACACUUUGGGUCAAGAAGAUGGAACAUAUUGUGGAGAAACUUGUUUGUGUUGUAUAUUUCCUGCGAUCAGAGAUCAACAGUGUCUUUUUUAAGGAACAAGAUGAAUCUGCGAAUGAAAAAGGGGAGAUUCAGCAAACUUUAGGGUCCGCCGAUCUUUCGCUGCAUUAUGCAAACAUCAUUUUCAAGAUAAAGUGUUUGGCAUCAUUAGUACCAUCAAUUCCAAAAAGUGGCGUUGAUUCAUUGUACCAAGCAUUACCUCCUUGCACCAGAUCAGCCCUACAAAUCAAGUUAAAAUGUAACCAGUUCAAAGAAAAGAGGACAGUAGAACAGCUCACAUAUGACAUGAACAAGACACUGAAAUGGCUCUUGCCAAUGGCAGAAUCCACGAUAAGGGUAGGGAGUCGGAUGCUUGGCGAAUGGCAGGACAAAAGGGUGCUAAACGGAAACGAUGGCGGCAGGGUGCUCAAGAUUCAGACACUGUGCCAUGCUGACAAAGAGAAGACCGAACACUACAUUCUGGACAUGGUGCUGGCUCUCCAUCAUCUCGUACGCACAACCCGUGCCAGGCUCGACAAGUUCUUCGACAACACUUCUGAUCGAUCAGAGAUGCAGGGGGAGACCGAUUUAGGUAGCUCCAGCGAUGGUGGGUUGGCGAGCCCUAGUUUCCGUGGGAGGCAUAGCCCACAUGUUCCACCAUCAAUGACGACGAUACAGAACAGUUAAGACAUUAAGUUCAGCAUCCAGGGUCAGGACAGAAAAAUAAAUGGUGGAUUGGUCAGUUGAUGUCCAUAACCGAUUAGAACUGUGGCUAAUUGCACCUAUCGGUGCAGAGUCCUUAGGAACAACUUCCAUUUUCGGAAAAAGAAAAGAGUGACUGGUCAGAAAAAAGAUAAGUUUCCUGCAAUUUCUGGUGCAUGGAGUGAGGGUUGACAGUUGCAGGUGCUGUUUUCAGAUGGAUUUUGUUGUUGAAAUUGGUGGCGGUUUAGCUGAGGCGUACUGAAAAGUAACAGUAAAUCAGGGAAAAAAGCUUUUGUUUAGAUAUCACAGACUUUAUCUUAUAGCUCGCAAGGCAAUUUUCAAGAGAGAAAAGGAAAAUAGAUUAGGCAUUGUGAGGCCUGCGCUGGUGCAUGCCAUCAUUUUUUGUCUUAGGAACUCAGAUGUAUAUGUGUGUAUAUGGUCAGAAGAAAAAGAACAGGGGUCGAAUAUUUUGGCCCCCAAAUUGGAAGGUUCUCUUCUCUCAUCAGUGAUUGCCAUGGUAAAGCA